GUUUUUUAGAGGUAACAGCCUUAGUUGCGACAUGAGCGGAGGAGGUAACCACGCAGUUAUGUUGACAAACAGUCAGCCUUUGGCGUUUGUGAGAUAUAUUUUAUUUAAUAAGCAAUAACAAUCAGUUUUGUGAUCAAUGGAGCAUCUUAAAUAUUCUCGGUGACAUCACGCAUUAAAAGAGACCAACUGACUUUAAUUGAAUGCGACGAGGUCUGCUCGAGGCGACUAUUUCCAUCCGACUCCGCUUGCGACACUCGCCUCAAUUGCAGUAAAAUAUAUUGAAAACUCUUAUCGAUAUUGACAAAACAUGACUCAAUACUUCGCUGGCUUGAUCUGCGCGCUAGUCCUGGCCGCUUUUAUGGUCGUGUGGUUGGCUUACUGCAUGUUCGUAAGAGAACGUCAUAAGGACGAGCAUCAUUACAACAUUUCGGAUAUAAUAAAGAGGAAUACGAUACUAUCAGAGCUUGAAGCUUGCGAGACGACAGAAGAGAAGAAGAGUGGACUGGUGGCUGGUGUAUUUAUUCUUCCGUCGCGGCACAAGCACAAGGAGAAGGAAAAGGAAGAUAAAGAUUAUUACGAUAAGAGGCCAGAUUACCCGGAGAGUCCAGUACCUUUACAACUGAGCACGGAAAAACUAGUGGAAUUGUUGAACGACGGUGAGAAAGAUGAUGACUUUUAUAAGGACGGCACGCUCGAGAUAGGCUCUAAUGCCACUUAUAUUAGUGACGUUUAGUUAUUAUUAUGUUUA